UGCAGAUCACAUGGCAAGAGAGGAAGCAAGAGAGAUGGGGAAGGUCCCAGGCUCUUUUUAACAACCAGCUCUCAGAGAAAUUCUCAUGGGAAUUAAUAGAGCAAGAAUUCACUUAUUACCAUGAGGACAGCACCAAGCCGUUCAUGAGGGAUCCACCCCCAUAACCUUAGCACCUCCUGUUUGGCCUGGAUUCCAACAUUGGGGAUCAAAUUUCAACAUAGGCUCAGAGGGUCAAAUACCCAAACUACAGCUCUACCCUAAGGGUAGAGCUCAGUGACUGGGAAGGGUAGAUAAAGGAAUUCCACUAAGGCACCAUUUUCCCAGCAGGCAGUGUGCAGCGUCAGCUUAGGGCCCUGAAGGCAGGGCACAGCCACUACUGGGAGAUGUAUAUGGAGCUGUUCUGCCAAAGCAGGGUUUCCCCAGUGGGGAUUGCACAGCUUCAGCUUUAGCUCCAGACGAGAGGGCAGAAGGAGGAGCAGGUCGAGUGGUUCCACUGUCACUUGGCCUCCAGGGAAGGGUGUAACAGUUGCUCACAGCUCAGCUUGUGGAUAUCAGGCCACAGAAUGGGGGUGGUUCCAUGGCAGCUUAACUUCAGGGAUGAAGGGGCCCCCAUAGCUCCAUGCCCCUGGAGCAAGACACACUCUAACAUAGUUCCAGUUCCGAAAUGGCAUAACAGUAGCCAUGCAGGCCACCGGGGGUGGGGCACUGUGUCCACUCCUUCUUUGCUAGGAGCAUAGCUGUGUGGACUCCAGGCAGCUCCCUCAGCUCGACUUAAUGCUGUGAGGACGGUAGAGACCCACUGGCAAGGUCUGUAGAUGUUCAAAGUGUGGAUGAGGUUGGCUAGGGUUCUUUUGCUCACCUUUCUGACAAUGGGAGAAAUUCCUCCUCACUCCCAGCUGAUCCUGGCUGGGGGAUGGGAUGUAGGAGUCCCUGGCUGGGGGAUGGGAUGUAGGAGUCCCUGUGUUUCCUUCUGUUCUCUAUGUGGGUAUCCUAAGUUUCUGUGUUCAUUCAGGUUUCUGUUACUUCUUUAAGGAACUCUGCCACUCUGCUCUAGCUAUUUUUAUUAAAAUGUAGUUAUGUAUUCAUUGUUUUGUCUGUCUUUGUGGUGAGGACAUGUGCUAGGGGCUUCUAGUUAGCCAUCUUUCUGUCACUCAGCUAUCCUUUCUCUUUAAACACUUCCAUAGUGUUUGAAUUAAAAAAUGUAUAUUGACAAGCCAACAUGUCAUGUUGUCACUGUGUGGCGGUUAUCCCUUGGUUAUCUCUAUUCUACUUUCAGUCUCUAUAAAUUUGACAAUUUUAGGUCCCUUGUAUAAGUGAAAGCAUAUAGUAUUUGUUCUUUUGCUUAAACAUAAAUUCUUGCAUCUGUUCUUGGAGUCACAGGAAAAAAUAAGUUACCCAUAUACCUUGGCCUCCAGUCACCUCUGGUUUGAAAGUACAGACAACCCCCAUUUAAACAAUGAUUGACUUACAAGUUUGCAACUUUAUAAUAGUGUCAAAGCAAUACUCACUCAGUAGAAAACAGACUCUGAAUCUUGACUUUUGCUUAAAAAUCAUUUAUAAUAAUGUUAUUAUAAAAUAGCUUUGUGUUAGAUGGUUUUGUCCAACUGUAGGCUAAUGUAAGUGUUCUAAGCAUGUUUAAAGUAGUUGAGGUUAAGCUAUGAUGUUUGGUAGGUUACGUAUGUUAAAUACACUUUCAACUUAAUGGUAUUUUCAACUUACAGUGAGUUUAUAAAGACAAAACCCUGUUGAAAAUUGAGGAGCAUCCAUAUUGGAAUCUUGUCUAAGAGUACCCUGCUAUGUGCUUUUCAUGCAUUACUUCCCACUAUCCUUCACCUGUUGCUCCUGAAAACAUAUAUUGUCUGUUCCCUUCUUUGGAAUGUUAUGAUCUAUGCCUGGCAUUCAACCACCUCAUUUUCCUCAGUGCAACUUGUCAUUCAACCCAGUACAAGGACCAUUGAUGUGCACAUAUGGAAUAGUUCUCAUUUCUCUAUGUCAUUUAGUAUAAUGGCACUCAUAUAACACAUCAUAUGCUGCCUUACAAAGAUAAUUUUAGUUAAGGUUUAAUGUUAUUAUUUGGUUGUAAUCUCCUUGUAGAACAGGAUCCAGUCUUUAUGCUAUGUGAUGGCCUUGCUUAGAGAUUUAGAUAUGAGAUGCAAUAAUUUUUUAAGAAGUUAAACAAUUGUCACAUUAAUUUGAUGCCUACUCUCUCUCUCCUCUCCCAGUCACCCUUCAUACUCAUUUCAGAUGCAGUAAAUUUGACACAAACAUAUAUAGGCUUCCUUAAUUGAGUUUUCUGGAAAAAAUUUUAAUAGUAAAAUAGAAAUUAUUUUACCUAAUUUACUCUUUAUAAUACCGUAGAUAGAUAGAGAGUGAGAGAGAGAGAAAUUCAAAGAUAUUUUUAUAACCCAUGCAUUCCAGGAGGCUAUAAUUAGUUAGAAGGACACAAUUUAUAUAUGUAAAACUAAUGCCAAGAUCAGAAGACUUUCUGAAAUUCUAUACUUGUAAAAUGCUUUAUGAUUUAUAAAGAGAAGGUAGAAGUAAUAAUUCUUAUUUUACUGUUUUUUCCCCAGAUAUUUAAUUAGGAGAAAUUACAAGUUAAGUGUCAAAUUUUCUUCACGGUAACAGAUCUAAAACAGGCCAAUUUGGAGACAUUUGCAGAAAAACAGAGUGAUUAGAUAAUCUUUGUUAGCAUAAAUGGAAAAAGAACAUUGAGUAAAUAUCAUUAACCAAAUGACUGAGUGGGUAGUUAGUUUUGUAGCUAGUUUUCUAGAAUAUGUCCUAAUACCAUUAAAGUUUAUUUUAAAAACUUUAAAGCCUUAUAAUGCAAAUGGAAAAGUCAAGGCUCAAGGUCACCUAGCCAGUCAGGAGAGUGAAUUUUGACUUCAAGCUCUAAGUGUGUCUCAGCAGCCUCCACGCUCAGGCAUGAGUUAUGGAUGUGGACCCUGAAUGCUGAGGUGGUUUAGGAAGGAGGGAGGUCAGUGAAGGUGGAGAGAUCAGAAGGUUGACUCUUCACUGAGUCUCAGUGUACAGAUGGCAUUUGGAUAAACAACAAAGAAAUUGACACUCAGGCACAUUAAGGCAGUGAUUCUCAAAGGGGGUUUGUUUCAGAAUCACCUGAACCACUUAUCAGCACCAGUUUCAAGGUCUCUCCACAAAUUCUAAUCCAGUGGUCUGAGAAGAGGCUCUGGGCACCAGGGAUUUGAUUCAUCUCUUUAGGUGAUUAUGAAGGCUAGAGGUUAGGAGCCUGGUUAUCUCUCAUCUUGUAUCCUAAUCUUGUAUAGUAAGUGCCAAUACCAAGGACAUAACUAACAGCUGCUCUGAGGGCUUAAGUUUAAGAGAGGGAGGAAUAUUCAGAGAUAACCUGUGCAUCCUGGCCACCAUGCCUGGCAGCAUGGGAUACAUACAGGAGGUUUAUGCCACAGGGGGAUAUACAGGCUAGUAAUUUUAUUCCUUAUUUCCUAGAUUUUCUUUAUAAAAACAGUGAUGAUUCUGUCUGCUAUUGUGUACUUUAAAGAAACAAGCUAAUCUGCCAUAUUCCAGAUGCAUGGCCUUGGUCAGCUUCAACAAGCCUCAGAUUCUUGUGUAAGUAAAAGGAAGAGAGUGAUAUCUAACUCAAAUGAAAAUUGUGAGAAUCGAAAGUAAUAAUGUGUGAAAAAUGCCUAGGACAGAGUAUUAUUCAAAAUUAUUACCCUUCUUCCCCACUACCACCAUUGUACAGUUUUUAGUUUUUAUAACAUCUAUAAAUCAAACCAAACUAUCCUAUCUCACUAUUCCAUCAAUCAACAACUUUCAGCCAAAGGCCACGAGAACGUGUGUGUAGGGCCUAUGACUCACUGUAGGGAGGGGAAACACACGCCAUGGGGAAUCUUGGGGCAACUCAGCAAGAGAGUGUUAGAAACAAUCUAUGGAAGAAUUUGGGUUUUGGUUGGGUGACUAGGGAAUGUGGGGAUUUGCUAUGUAUUGGAUGCUCUUUGCUGUCAGAAGGCAGGGACAAAUUUAUGGUUACGUAAAGAAAUGUCAGUCACCAAUUUUAACCAGAAAAGGGGGUGUUUGGUAUUUUAUGAGUGGCCCAAUGACCUUGUUUUUGUCUGUGCUUAGACAAAAGUGUGCAGUAGACUUGUUUUGUACCACUUUGUCAUGGCCUUAGAGUGAUCUUACUUGAGCUGCUCUCUUUUUUUUUCUUUCUCACAUCUGAAAUGAAAGAAAAUGUAGGAGCAAAGCUGAUAUAUAUUUGAAUUAUGGAAGGUGGAGAAGUGUUGAGACACUGAACAUUUGUUGAGCAGUUUCUGUAUCCUACAUCAAGAUAAACUUCGAUGCUUCUGAGAAUCUCACAUGUAUAUUAUCUACAUAAGGUGGGAUUUGAAGCCAGAUCUAUCUGACUUUUAACCACCAAAACUCCCAGUCUGGUGUGCUGUCACCUUAUUGAGCUGUGCUUUGGGCACCAUUAGAGCAUGUGAAUGAAUUCCUGCCUGUCUGUUGAAAUGGCUUGCCUUUGACUUUACUUACGAUAGAAAACAUACUUUGAUCUAGAAUCAGGGAUUGGCAAUUUUUUUUCUAUGAAGAAUCAGAUAGUAAAUAUUUUUGGUUCUAUGGGCCAUAAAGUUUCUAGUAGGACUACCCAACUGGCAAUGUAGUGAAAGAGUGGCCAUAGAUCAUAUGUAAACAAAUAGGUGUAGUUAUGAUCCAAUAAAACUUUAUUUAUAAAAUCAGGUGGCAGGUGGAAUUGGGCCCUUUGGCUAUAGUUUGCAAACUUUUUAUCUAGAUGAUAAGUAAACAAAGAUCCCAAAUGAACUUGGGUUUUUAAAAAUGUGUUUAACACAUUUAAAGUUGCUUUGAAUAAGUAAAUAUGUGUAAUAAAUAUAAAAUAAAUAUGAACAAAUAGACAUGUUGUGAGGUUUUGGUUUUUCAGGGAUUUAUUAAUUUAUUUAUAAUUUUUAAAAACACUUAUUUCCAAACACAACAGAGAAUCAGCAUGGUGCCUCAUGCCAUUUGCUUUUUCCAUCUGUAUAGUGACAACUGGAUCUUGUGAGGCCAAAGUGUUUAUUGAAUAGUUUUUCUGUCCUUCAGUCUAUCAGGCACCAUGCUUGGCCCUUCCUUUCAUUAUUCCUUAAAGGAUAACUCUUGUUUGCUAAACUGAAGCUCAGAGAUGCUGAACUAUUUGUCCUCGGUCAUCCAGAUAUUGUGGUAGAACUAGUGCUGAAACUCACACUUUUUCCACUAUACCCUAUCCUCAAUUAUUAUAAAUUAUUCAACUGGUGCUCUGGGGCAUAAGAUCUUUGGAUCAUCUUCUGAAUCAUCAAACUAAAAUGAUGUGAUCAGAUUGAAUUUAGUGCAGAGUGUAUUUUGUUACAUUUAAAUUUUUUGAAAACUUAGAAUUAGAGGCUAAAUGUGGAAAUUAGAAUUCAGUACCAUAGUGUUGGAGGGCAUUGCAUAUUGAGCCUCAGCAUGCUAAUUUCCUUUUUAUAUAUUCCUCUUUCAGCAAAGCGUAGCAUAAUAACGCCACCCGAAAACCAAGAUCAUCUACCACCACCGUGUCAAAUUGUCUCCACUGUAGCUUGACGGUAGAAAGAUGAAGGUACUUUCCACUGUGAACUGAGGUCAACACUUACUGACUCUGCCUCAAAUUCCACAUCAGAGUUAUUGCUGUAUUCUCAGUGACAAGCCCAAUACUUGGUAUGCAAUAGCCACUCUAAUAAUACUUAUUAAAUGAAUAAUUAUAUGUAUAGUUGAAUGUAACCCUGGUAUUAUUUAGAUAUUUCUCUAAAAACCCAAGGAAAGCUUACUUUGACAUUGAAGACAAUUAAAAUAUGUUAAAUUUAAAACAUUCUAUUAAAACUCUGAAGAGAAUACAGGCCUCAAUCUGCAACUUUAGGAAUUUUUAUUGACUUCAGAUGGGCAGUCCACAAUUCAGGUGUUUGCUCUUUUGAAGAAUAUUUUUCCAUAGAAAAUAAUACUCUAAAUGUUGGUUUGAUCACCAGACUAAAUGGUAAAACCCAUAUCGCUGAUAAAUUAUUUACAUCACAGCAUAAAUCCAUCUAAAGAAUGUAUUCUCCAUUUAUAAUAUUAUUUCUAUGACCACAGUAGAGAAAGGAAAUGCUGGGGACUGUGAUAUAUCAGUUGGAUUCUGGCCUAGGCUAGUUGUCUGAAGGAAAGUAUGUCUGCAAAUCUAGGGUUUUUACAUUGGAAAUUGCUUGCUGGCCGCUUCUCAAUAUGUUGAGAAAACAUAUUGAGGGCAAGAAAUAAAGUGAGUUCUGUGACUUGGUAAACCUGAUUUGAAGUGACAAUGAGAUGGGGGUCUGAGAGAAAAGAUACCAAAGCCUGAGGUUGAAAAUUCAAAUUUGCAAUUGAGAAAAUGGUUUUCAUCCUGGGAUGCCCACUGAAAAUAUCUGGAGAGCAAUAAAAAAUAUAGACACCUAUACGGUAUUCCCAGAAGUGAGAACCACGUGUCACUCUUUUGCAAAAGCUUCCCAGCCAAUUCUAUAGUGCAGCCAGAGUUGGUGCAUCAAUCUGGAUGUCAUGAGAAAACUGAAACCAUUCCAGGUAUUUCAAACAGGAAAGGGGUCUAGUGUAGGGAAUCAGAGGCUGCAACAGCAUUGAAAGGGCUGAGAGAGAAAAGAGACCAGAAAAAGCUGCUGCUGCUGUUCCAGAAAUCAGGAAAUGCAAGAAUCUUUAGAAACUACCACUAAAGAGGGCAGCUGCUUUGCUCCAAUGUGGGUGGUUUAGAAGAAGCCUGAGACCCACUGGUGAACUACAGGUCUCCUUUCUCCAGAAGCUCUCUGGCCUGCAUAGUGUUUACACACAUACACAAAUAAUGGCUUCUCUUUAGUUCUACCUACAGCUGUCACAGUAUCAGCUCUUAUUAUUCAUGGCGUCUAACGCUAACCUUUGUGGCCAGGGACUCUACGGAUGCACAGAAGGGACAAGAUGGUGCAAGUCUGUCAAUAGAUUGAGAAAUACUUGGAGAGCAUUUAAAAACCAGAUUAAGAACCAUUGGUUUGGGAUAGAUGAACUUCCAAAAUUCAGAGCACUGAUGUACUCUGUUGUAUUAGUAAACUUUAAACAGCAAAAUAUUUGUAAAAGCAUUUAUCUAGAUUCAAGAAGAAGGCUUGAGGUUUAACAUUCCCAGUGAAGAGAACUUUUUUCAACCCUCCAGAUUUCUGUAAGUACCAGGAGGAAGUGGAACUAUCUCCCCCGACUCCCUACCAGAGUUCCUUCCACUCUUCUGGCAGCAUUAAAGAAUUCACAAAUCAGCGGCAAAAAUAAUUUUUAAGAGGAUUCUAGCCAAACAAAUUAAAGGCCACACUUGGCAGAGGCUCAGGUGAACCUGGUACUCAAAUGGAGAGGUUUCAUGAUGGGUGUCAUGAAAAUGUGACUAUACAAAAGGAAAAUGUGUUGAUACCAAAGUUCACAUCCUUUGUUCUCCAUACCAUUGCCUCUCUAUAUGCAAGUGACAGUGUGAAUUUUGUAGGAUGUUUUUCACAUACAUUUUCUUUUCAUAUAAAUCGUAAUGAUUGACUAGAGACCCUUACAAAUAGCCUGGUCAUGGACACAGGAAAAGAAGAGCUGCCCCUUCUUAAGUCGGUGGUUUUCCCUCUUCUCCCUCCUGAGAGCAACCACCCACCCACCUGGUGUGGCAUUAUAAUUUAUGAAGGUCAUUGAUGAACUACAGUGUCCAAAUAUCCUGGCCCUCUGAGGAAGUUCUUCUACCAGAUCCCUAAAAGUCUGUGGCCAGCAGGUAUUAGCAUCAGGAGGAAACAAAGAGGAUUUUAAGCAGAGACAUGAUAGAGGGCAGGGGAAAAUCAGAGUUUGAGGCCAGACUUCAUGAUGACCUUCCAAGAUCAAUUGCAGAGGUUUUCCUGGAUCAGCUGCACUCCUUAGCAAAACUAUAUUGGACAAUCAACUGAGAGAGUAACUGAGACAUUUGAAUCAUUUCUAGGUGUAAAGAAAGACCGAAGCCCAGGAAAAUAUUACGGUGACUUCCCAAGUAUGCCUGGCCACAAUACCUCCAGGAAUUCCUCUUGCGAUCCUUUAGUGACAUCCCACUUAAUCAGCCUCUACUUCAUAGUGCUCAUUGGAGGGCUGGUGGGGGUCAUUUCCAUUCUGUUCCUGCUGGUGAAAAUGAACACCCGGUCAGUGACCACCAUGGCGGUCAUUAACUUGGUGGUGGUCCACAGCAUUUUUCUGCUGACAGUGCCAUUUCGCUUGACCUACCUCAUCAAGGAGACUUGGAUAUUUGGGCUGCCCUUCUGCAGAUUCGUGAGUGCCAUGCUGCACAUCCACAUGUAUCUCACAUUCCUGUUCUAUGUGGUGAUCCUGGUCACCAGGUACCUCAUCUUCUUCAAGCGCAAAGACAAAGUGGAAUUCUACAGAAAACUGCAUGCUGUGGCUGCCAGUGCUGGCCUGUGGACGCUGGUGAUUGUCAUUGUGGUACCCCUGGUUGUCUCCCGGUAUGGAAUUCACGAGGAAUACAAUGAAAAGCACUGUUUUAAAUUUCACAAAGAGCUUGCUUACACGUAUGUGAAAGUCAUCAACUAUAUGAUAGUCAUUUUUGUCAUAGCCAUUGCUGUGAUUCUUUUGGUCUUCCAGGUCUUCAUCAUUAUGUUGAUGGUGCAGAAGCUACGCCACUCCUUACUAUCCCACCAGGAGUUCUGGGCUCAGCUGAAAAACCUAUUUUUUAUAGGGGUCAUCCUUGUUUGUUUCCUUCCCUACCAGUUCUUUAGGAUCUAUUACCUGAAUGUUGUGACGCACUCCAAUACCUGUAACAGCAAGAUUGCAUUUUAUAACGAAAUCUUCUUGAGUGUAACAGCGAUUAGCUGCUGUGAUUUGCUUCUCUUUGUCUUUGGAGGAAGCCAUUGGUUUAAGCAAAAGAUAAUUGACUUAUGGAAUUGUGUUUUGUGCCGUUAGCCACAAACUACAGUAUUCAUAUUUGCUUCCUUUAUAUUGGGAAUAAAAAUUGAUAUAGGGAGGUAAGAAUGGUAUUUCAUUACUUAAUCAAAACCAUGCCUUGAUCUACACAAAACGAAAGAACUAUAAAAUGUCAGAGCCUUCAUUGUAGUCCUUAUGGGAUCCCUGCCAUCUCUGAGUGAUGCCCAUACAAAGACCAGUGAUGUUGAUUCCACCUGGAGUUGCAAUAUUACAUUAUUUUCCAAUACAGAAUGUCUGCAUGGCCCAUUAAAGCAACAUAGGUCUUAAGAAUUUUGGAGUUUCAUUAGCUCAUUCUAAUUUCCUCUGUUUGAAGCAUGAUCUUUUCUUAGGUGUUGGACUGAACUCAGCCCUUUAGUUCUUUUCAUCCCACUAAGUACUUCCUGACCACCACCCAGCUCCAAAGACACAAACUCUCCUUGGCUAACCAGGUUAGAUGUCCCAUUCAUCUCACACCCUGAUGAAAACUGAUAAGGGGAGAGAAUAGUUAAAAAUUUUUCUAGGGUAUCAUAACUCUGGUGGGAAGUCAUCUGUCUAGAAAUCAAGAGACAAAGAACGUGUGGCCUUCUGUUUUAACAAGGUUUUCUAGAUUUGUCCUGUGAAAGGUCAUUUCACGACAUGGAGAUCAAUUUCCUCAAUAUCACCAAUUGCACUGUUGCUCCAAAAAUCAUUUAAAAGCUUACUGGACAUAUCUACAUAAUGGUGAAACUGUAAUUUAGAAAAUAUUCUUGACCAAUGUGCUGGUAGGCAUUAAAAUGAGUUCCCAAGGGAAGUGAUUAAAAUUUUUUUCUCUUCUGUUUUUUGAGAGAAUUUCUAGAUGUCCUGGGCCACAGUAAAUUAAGAUUUUUACGGGGACAGAAAGUUAUACUGAAAUCUUUAGAGCUCCCUUCCACCGUUAAAAUUAUAGAUAUAUAAUUUUUAAAUUAUACCUUAAGUUCUGGGGUACAUGUGCAGAAUGUGCAGA